CACAGAAACCAGUCAAAUCCUUCUGGUGUGAAUACUGAAUAGUGAGAUCAGAGAGAAAGUGCAGUAUUGUGAUUCUUUUUGAAGACUCAUCUUGUGGUUAUACUUAACCCAUCUUCCUCCUCUUCAAAAUAUCAUAUUUCAUACUUCUCUCCCCAUCUCUUAAAUUUGCACUUAUCCUUAGAGCUUGCAAGACUUGGUCAGAAAUUUCUUCUUGAUUCUGAAAUUUUCAUCUUAUUUUUCUUUUUUCCUAUUGAGCUAUAAGACCAAAACCUCUUUCAAAGAAAAAAACAUAACCCAACAUUUUGUCUUCUUUUUACUUUUUCUCUUCACUUGUUUUUUUUUUUUUUUUUUUUUUUUUUUUUUUUUUGUCACAUCUUCUAAACCCAACAUAAAUAACAACCCAUUUUCACCAAAAGUUCAUUUUGGAUCUUACUAAGCUCAAAGCUUUGAACUUUAUUGAAAUAUCAAACAAAACUUCAAAACCCUAAUUUCCUUUUCAAGUUGUUACCUUUUAGUGACAUAAAGAUGCAAGACCAAACAACAUUUCAACCCAUGAAACCAAAUUUUCCAGAACAAGAACAACUCAAAUGUCCACGUUGUGAAUCAAACAACACAAAAUUCUGCUACUACAACAACUACAAUCUCUCACAACCACGCCAUUUUUGCAAAAACUGUAAAAGAUAUUGGACAAAAGGUGGUGCUUUGAGGAACAUACCAGUUGGUGGUGGAACAAGAAAAGUCACAAAACGUUCAUCAAAUUCCAAACGUUCAACAACACCAUCUUCUUCUUCUCCAUCAGCAUCAACAACCAGUUCUUCAGCAGCAAAAGUUUCGGCUUCAGUUUCAGAAACUGACCCGACCCAGAUUCAUGUUGACCCGGCUGAGAGAAAUUUCAGUGGAGGGAGUUUUAGUUCACUUCUUGCAUCAACUGAGCGAUUUGGAAACCUUUUUGAAGGUCUGAAUUCAAAUGGGUCGGGUUUAAAAAUGGUGGAAAUGGGUGAAUUUGGUGAGAAUUUGAACUGUGACCCGGUUGUGAAUACGGAUUUGGGUCAAAACCAGGGUGGUAGAAAUGGUGAAUCAGAGAUCUUUCUUGGUUUGCAAAAUGGUGGUUCAAACUGUUGGAAUGAUAAUCAUGGUUGGUCUGAUCUUGCUAUAUACACCCCUAGCUCAACUUAUCAGUAGAAGAGAUUUGAAAAAAAAAUUGAGCCUUUUUUAUGGCUUAAUUUAGUUUCUUAAUUAUGCAAUGAUUUGCUUAAUAUUUAUACUCAUAAUAUUUAUACUAUGGUUUUGUAAAGAGUUAUCUAAUUUGUACAAGUUUAUGGAUUUGUAUGCCAUGGAGGAUCAUACAUUGACAAGGUCACUAAAGAAGUAUCCUCUAGGUAAAUGUUUUUUUUUCUUUUCUUCUUUUAUAUAUUUAUUAUAUGAUUUAUAUCUGCAUGCUUGUGAAUGGUGUUGUUUACCAUGGUGGUAAUGAAAAAAAGAUGAUUUUUCUUUUGGGGAGGGUGUGAUUUGAAUGCUACAUUGAUGAUUAGGAUGUUCAUGUAAAUUGGUGUGUUUUUGCCUAGCAUUUGAAACGAAACAUCCAUGGAUAUUUGGAAGCUUGCAUGAGAAUUGGUGUGUUUGAGAAUGGAAGGGAUGAUAUAUUGGAAAGUUGAGAGUGUGACUUAUAGUUGAGACUUAUUUGUAUGUACCUUGUCAAUGGAGGGCAUGACAACUGAUACCUUGUUUGUUUCUUUUACCAAGUUUCCAUCUUGGUGAUUGUUAUUUGACUGAUCAAUAUGUACUAAUCAACUCCUUUGAGAUUCAAUUUAUGGCUUUAUAUUUCCUUUUCCA